AAUUGUUGAAAUUGGAACAGGGAGACCACAGAGAGACAUCUCAAUUGCCAUGCAAACUUAGUCUCUGCAGUCUCUCUCUGAAUCAUGCCUCUCAAGAACAGCGCUUUCACACACCAUUCUUCAAUUUAAUCACUAUUCAUCAAUCUACAUUCGAUUUCAUCGAGUGUUUUCCCCCUUUUUUUUUUCUUUUUUCGCCUUUUUGGGAAUCCAGGUUUCUGGCUUCUCAGUGUAAUCUUCAAGAAGAAACAGGAGAAGGAGAGAGAGAUAAAGAGGAGUGAUGAGGAGCAGGUGAAGGAACAAGGGGGACCUACUGCUUGAUUUUUGGCUGGCAGCAACGGUCACUGUCAAUGAUUUUUCUUCUUUGGGUGGUGUUGGUGGUUUCUCUCAAUAUCUAAUCACUAAUCACACUCACAGACUCGCAUAAUCUUCCAACAUUGCUUGGGGGAGAUCUUGGUGAUCAAGAUCCCUGUCCUGUCCCAUCUUUAUCAACCUUCUCCCAUUUCUUAUUUUGAGGGAAUUCUGUGUUUUCUCCCAAGCAAGCUAAAAACUUAAGCUGCUUUCUUGGUGCUUGGGCUCUAAAGGGAAUCACCAGAUUUCAGUCAUAUGAGGAGAUCUUUUACCCCAGUGGGGGUGCUUCUGGUACUUGCACUUUUCAGUCAUGUUCCACGGCUUAUCAAGGGCAGUUCACCUUGCAAACGAGCUAACUCCGCAGCUAUUCGGCCUCACAGUGUCAGUAUUACUGAAUUUGGUGCAGUUGGAGAUGGGGUCACUCUCAACACCAAAGCAUUUCAGAACGCUAUUUUCUAUCUCAAUUCAUUUGCUGAUAAGGGAGGCGCCAAGCUGUUUGUGCCAGCUGGCCAGUGGUUGACUGGCAGCUUUGAUCUCAUCAGUCAUCUGACAUUGUGGUUAGAUAAAGAUGCAGUGAUUCUGGGAUCAACUAACUCUGAUGAUUGGCCAGUUGUUGAUCCUCUACCAUCAUAUGGCCGAGGAAGGGAGUUGCCUGGUAAGAGGCAUCGAAGCCUCAUUUAUGGCCGCAAUUUGACAGAUGUUGUUAUAACAGGUGAUAAUGGAACUAUUGAUGGUCAAGGCAGCAACUGGUGGAAUUGGUUCCAUACCAAAACCCUAAAUUAUACUCGGCCUCAUCUGGUUGAGUUAAUGAACUCAUCUGGGAUAGUAAUCUCCAACCUGACCUUCAUUAAUUCACCAUUCUGGACAAUCCACCCUGUUUACUGCAGCCAAGUUAUCGUCCAAAAUGUUACGAUCCGUGCUCCUCUUGAUUCACCGAACACAGAUGGGAUUGAUCCAGAUUCUUCUGAUGAUGUUUGCAUCGAGGACUGUUACAUUAGCACUGGUGAUGAUCUAAUUGCUAUCAAGAGCGGGUGGGACGAGUAUGGAAUAUCAUACGCUCGUCCUUGCAGGAACAUUAUUAUUCGCCGGCUUGUUGGACAAACUCGAACAAGUGCUGGGAUAGCAAUUGGGAGUGAGAUGUCUGGAGGUGUAUCAGAAGUUCAUGCUGAAAAUAUCCAAUUUUAUAAUUCAAAUACAGGUAUUAGGAUAAAAACAUCUCCAGGAAGGGGUGGCUAUGUGAGAGAUAUCUAUAUAUCGAAUAUAACAUUGACUGAUGUAAAAAUAGCUAUAAGGUUCACUGGUCAUUAUGGGGAACACCCAGAUGAACAUUAUGAUCCAGAAGCUCUUCCAACUGUAGAACGGAUAACCAUUGAAGACAUUGCUGGAGAUAACAUUCAGUAUGCGGGCAUUCUAGAGGGUAUAGAAGGAGACAGUUUUCUCAACAUUUGCCUAUCAAACAUUACCCUCAAUAUAACCUCCAAGUCUCCCUGGAACUGUUCAUAUAUCCAAGGGUAUUCUGACUCAGUGUCCCCAGAAACUUGUGAGCCCCUCAGGGAGAGCAUCUCCCCUUAUCAUUAUUCUGAUUGUUACAAUCUGUCAAGUCAUUUGCUGAAUUCAAGUAAUCAAAAUAGAGGUACUUGGUUUCUGUCCUGGUAAAUUCAUGGAAGCUUAUUAUUUGUUUGGUGGUCUACUCACCUUCGAUUGUGAAUGGUCAAUUAAGUUCAAAUUUUGAUUCUUGCCAUUGGAGAAAAAAAAAAGAUUGCCUGACACAUAGAGUUGAGUCAAGUUGCUGAUUUGUUGUUGACUUGUGAAAGAGUAUGAGAAAUGAUUUUUCCUGUAAGUUCGUGUGCAGUAACAAAUAAUUGAGUGAUUUAUCAGAAAGUGAAAAUAUAAUGAGAUUAUAUACUUUCAA